UGCACCUCAUCGGCCUCACGUUGGUUUUUCUAAUAGAACAUGGUUUCGUACUUCAUUGCCCUCCUAAGGCAGUGAAGUCGUAAAUGGUGAUUUGCAUGGCUGUUGAAGGGGUCCUGUAUACGUGUAUUUCUCGUGGAUACCUGAUUCACUGUAGUUGGGUCCGAAAUAGUGGCACCUCCAGGGGUUCAAACCCCAUCUGGACAAAUACUCUGUGUAUUCCAGUAAGAGCCCUUGGGCAAGACUCCUAAUACUACACUGUUUGAAAUGUGUAUGUUACUCUGGAUAAGAGCAUCUGCCAAAUACAUCAAAAUGUCAUAUAAAAAAGGGCAAAUCUUUGCUAUGUAAGAGUUGGAUCUCUGUUCCCCACAGCCUCACCUCUUGUGCUAGAACAGAGCUGUGUGUGUGGUACUGUGACAGCUCCCCUGUUGACAUGAGGGCUCUAAACACACUUGUAAUGCGCUGUAUACUUACUAAUGGCUAUAAUGUAUUUCUCUCUCUCACUCACAGAAUUAGAAAUGGCAGUAACUAAAUCUUAUGCUAGCCUUAGAUAUAAAGGGACAUAUUUUAUGCAUUUUCCAAUUAGCAUUUCAAAUGGCUAAAUUGUAACCCUGGAGAUAAAACCUAAAACAUGUAAAAAUGUGUGAAUAGCAGCUUAACACGCAGGAUGUGAACACCAAACAUGGCUUAUUUCAUUAUGUGGAUUGGUUCUAUUCCCGGACCUGCUAAAUGCAAUUUUUUCCUUCUUUUUUCGUAUGCUGUUGUGCAGUCAGGGUGGGGCCAGAUGUUUAUUUUCAGCUGCUAUCAAUGACAUCGAUUGCCAGACUCCUCCCCCAACACCAGACACACCCUUCUUUGCUGUGCUAAGCAUUCAAAUGAUAGGAGGGGGGAACCUGAGCUUCAUCGAUUGGUACCAUCAAUCAGGGAAAUGGCAGAACCCUGCCUCUCUCUCUCUCUCGCUCUCUCUACCCGACUUUAAUUGACCCUGCAAAGGAUGCGCGUGCACACACACACAGAGAUAUUGCCCACAGUAAGCAGGGAGUAUCGGUGCUGCAAUGUGAUGAUGUUGAGACUAGCAGAAGACACAUUCUUCCUUCUCAGCUCCAGUACACUUCCAGGAACAAGCUGAGUCCCAGAACCUGGAUGCAUCUGUGUGUGUGAGAGAACGUGUGUUGUAAUAAUUGUGGGCACCACAGUCGACUGUUGUGGAUCCUGCUUCACGCGACUCCACCUCGCAGAUGGUGCUCUGCCUGCCCAUGGACCCCAGGGAGGAUGGAGCUAGCUGGAUGGAAGACCAGUGGGAGAAGUGGCUGACCCAUGACUUGAGUCUCGAUGAGUAUGACGAUGACGACCUGUCCGAGGUGAUGAAGAUGACGGAUGGUGACGGAGGCAGACUGAGCCUCUGCGACUACGACCUUCGGGAUCACAUGACUCGACCGGCCAAUCAGAGCGCGGAGUCGUGCAGAAGGAAGGGGGCAGAGGAGCUGCAGUCAGAGAUCCUCCAGCUGGACCUGAUUGAUGCGGAGGGAGGGACCCAGGAAGCAGGAGAGGAAGAGGAGGAGGAAGACAGGAGACUGUCACUGCUCAUCGAUGAGCGCAGAGAGGGAGACCAGGGAGCAGGGCGGUCUGCCGCACAGCCGACACUGAGGGAUCUUGCCCCCCUCGUCGUCAUGGAUACGUAUCGACCCAAGAGACCUACCACACUGAAUCUGUUCCCGCAGGUGCCGAGGACUCAGGACACAAUAAACAAUAACUCUCUGGGUGGAAAAGAGAGAAGGAAAGAGAGGAAGACCCAGUCCUCUUCGCCGCACAUCAAAGGGGACCUCCUUCCUACACUCGAGCAGGAUACCCACACCAAUGCGGACAAAGUCCAGGCGAGCAGCCGAUCGGAUACCAAACCCCUUGUGGUUGGUUCGUCCACGCACAAAGUUCCAGCCUCUGUCUGCAAGAAGAAGGACAAGGUGCCCGAGUCCGGAACCAACACUAUCCCGACAGUCCAGGCCUCCACACGCACACACAUGCGGGACACGUCCAGGGACGGAGCCCUGACGGAGGCGCUCUGUGAGGCGGGGACGAUCAACAAAGAGAAGGCUCGCUACCGCACCCUGAACGGCUGCCGGGAGCAGAUUCAGCACCCGGCAGAGAACGGAUGCACACAAAACCGGUGGACAGACGAGAAUAAGGACCACCGCUCGUCAGAGGGGAGCAGAGACACGGCGCGUGACGUCCACCUCACGCCCGUGUGCGGCGAACAGGAGCGGCCUUUCCUGUCGCAGAGCAGCGAUAGCAACCGCAUGUCCGUCAGCUCCGACACGGAGAUCCCGCCGCUGCACUUCCACCCUCUCGCUGGCCACACGAAUCCCUCCAUCAGUGAGGAGGAUGAGGUGUACCCCCCGACACCCCCGUGCAGGACUGACAGCCUCAGUGAGGUAACGGACCCCGUGGCGGAGCCGGGGACAGGGGACGCAGCAGCUGCGAGCACAGAGGUUAGCGCAGAUGUUUCGGGACUGACGUAUGACUCGGUGAAGUACACCCUGGUGGUGGACGAGCACGCACAGCUCGAGCUGGUCAGCCUGAAGAAGUGUUAUCAGAGUUACGACAGCGACAGCGACAACACCAUCUACGAGUCGGCCCUCGAUGACGACGAUGAAGACCGGGACGUGGAGGAUGAGGAGGAGGAGUCGGGGGCAAAAGGUGUCAACAGAGACGCUUCCUGUUUGUCAGCAGACUCGGCCACUGACACCUCAUCAGAUAUGCCCCUCUCACGCAAGUUCCUCAACAUCUUUGUGAACAGACGUUCACGUUUUCCUGGUGUGGAAUCCUUUGGACUUUUCUCCUGCAUUAUAGAUGGCGAGGAGCGGGAGCAGAGCCACAGAGCAGUGUUCAGAUUCGUCCCACGUCACGAGGACGAGCUGGAGUUAGAGGCGGACGACCCGCUGCUGAUGGAGACGCAGGAGGAAGAUCUGUGGUGCAAGGCCUACAACAUGCGUACAGGCUCCUUCGGCAUUUUCCCCGCGUUCUAUGCCGUUCAGGUCACCAAGGACAACCAGCCCAAAGAGGUCAAAAGUGACUGGCUAGACACGUUCUGGGUGAAAUUCCUUGGCUCCGUUCAAGUGCCGUUUCAUAAAGGGAAUGAUGUGAUGUGCGCAGCUAUGCAGAAGAUUGCAACAAACAGAAGAAUAACACAGUUCAGCCCCCCCUCAGAGUGCAUCGUAGAGGUCGGCAUACGAGGAGUGAAGAUUAUCGUUCAGGAUGAGUGUGACGCAUCUGAGAUGGGUGACAAGUACUGUCACUUCUUUCAGCUGAAGAACAUUUCCUUCUGUGGAUGCCACCCAAAGAACAGAAAGUAUUUCGGACUAAUCACCAAACACCCAGCGCACCAGAAGUUUGCCUGCCAUGUGUUCUUCUCUGAGGAACACGCCACGCACAUGGCGUCGUCUGUCGGGAAAGCAUUUCAACAGUUCUAUAAAGAACACAUGGAGUAUUCCUGCCCCACAGAAGACAUUUUCCUUGAAUGACCUUUACCCUUUUCCAUAUGUUUGCACUACUGUAUAGCCUAUUAUAUUAUGUGUUGCAUGAUGGGUUACAAAAAUCACAUUAACAUGUCAAAUUUAACAUGUUAACAUGCCAUAAUGUCAAUGUCUAUUUUAGACAAAUUGUGCAAUUAAAAGCCCACACAAACUCUGUGAUGGUUACAGGCUGACUUCCUGUGAACACAGAGACAAAGCCUGAGCCAUUCAGAUUCACUAAACCCAACACUUCAAUCUUUAAGGGCGUCGUCGUCAUGGCCGUCGACCUGUUACGAUGUUCUUUACUGCUUUACUCAAAGCACAAUACCACAUUUAUACAGAGCACGUGAAAAUUGCCUCUAAUUGAAAGAUUAUUUUUUAAGAAUCCCUUUGGUGGUUAUUAUUCAGUACUACACAAAAUGUACAAAUUCCUAGGUAACCAAUGAAGAAAUCUGAUUUGACCAAUAGAUCAAACUGUGUGUCCUUAAGGUAUGCCUCUAGUUUACACACGUACACAUUGCUUAAGGAAAUGGGAAGUUAGUACGAGUGACAGUGUGUGUUUUGCUGGCCAAAAAUUGCUAAUAUCUUCAUUCUGGUUUAUUCCGUUGGACGUUGUUGGGUUUCACUGUGUUCAGUGUUAAUGUGCUUCAAUAGUCAAAUCUGUCAAACUGGACCUUGGCCUAAAGUGCAUCCAGAUCACACUGAUCUCUGACUUCAAGUGUGUAGCCAUGACAACCAAAUAUUUUCAAUUUUUUUCUUUUUUUAAUGCAGUGCAUAAUGUACAGUGCAGUCCAUAAGUAUUUGGACGGUGAUACUGUUUUUGUUGUAUUGGCUUGGCGCUCCUGCGUGCCGGAUUUGAAAUGAAACAGCUCUAAGCUUUUAGUACAGAAUCCACAGUCAUCUAAGGCAAACUGUGAUGAAUAUAGGAAUUACAAACCGUCCUAUGCGCAGUCUCGAUUUCAGGCAGCAAAAAUAAUUGGACAGCUCUUCACUCGGUUAUCUAUGUGGUCCACGCGCCCUGGCGUCGUUAGUUCAAGCACCGGGGCGCUAAAGAGGUCUGGACGUGAGUCCAGGUGUGGUGUUUACACCUUGAUACUGCUGCGUCCAUUUCAGCACAAGGGCCAGAACAGUGGCUGCGUCAGGACCACGGGCCUUCACAAGGCUGUCGCCCAGAGACACAGCCAGUUCAGCAGGGGUGAGCCAACUCGUAUGGCGGCUGCUGGAUCGGGCACAUCCAGAGCAGGAUGGCCCGGAAAGUGUGCAAGAGAACGUUAACUGCUCGCGUCCAACCAAACGCCAUGGAACUCUGUGGUUUGUACCUCACCUGGCAGACAGCCAAAAACCCUGAACCCGACCCAUAAACCGUGGAGCUUUUCGGAGCCAAAAAUCUGUAGCGCAGUCAUUUGGCUAAGUCGUCAAUUUCGACUGGAAUUCCACCGAGCACGAAGUCCAGUUACUGAAGAGACCGACGUCAACAAGCACAUUAAACAGCCAGAGACUCAAAAUGGCUGCAAUGUGUUUGACCACAGAGCCAACACAACAAUCUCUAUGCCUGUUACUUACAAGCUGCACUGUAUGUUAUUAGCAUACCAUAAGAUUCUUCUAUAGAGUAUUUUCUUUUAAAUUAUAUUAUUUAAGAGACUUAAAUAAAUAAAACAUAUUUAAGUGAAGAGUAAAUGUACAGUGUUGAAAAUUUUAAAACAAAACCAAUCUUAACACGAUGGAACACGGUGACUUGUUUGUGUGUGAAAUGUGCAGAGGUCCGAGGCGGCUCUACACCUGUGGCCCCCACGUGUUUGGCCUCCUGCCAUUGUGCUGAAUAACAAGUUUCACACUGUGCGAUGAGCUAAAGUUGAGAACUAAAGCCCCCGGUACCCAGUGACUCAUCUGGACUGGGGUUUUCGAAGCCUUUUGGAAUGGCCCAUUUAAACAGCAUGCGCUUUUAACAGAACUGCUGCUUAGCUACAAUGAGUACACAAUAUUUAGCCCUUCGAGGCGUGAGGGAUGCAACUGACUAGAACUCCCACCCUAUUCUUUCUCAUUAAGAAGUAGGUUUUCUAAACACUUUGAUAUGCUAGUACUCAUGAAAGAGUUAAGAACAGCAUCAAAACUCUUAUGAGGAGGGAGCUUGUACAGCGCGCUGGCUGAUGGGUGACCGGUAACCCUAACCCUAACAGGACGGACCUGUAAAGCAGUGGAGGUCUCUCUUCAUGGAGGGGGGGGAUGCGUUUUGAAUCAGUCUUGCAAAAUCACAAGUUGUGCCUAUUUUGGUUUGUUUGUUGUGAUUAAUGUACACAGCCUUUUUUAUUUGGAUCAUCCCGACUGUGUUAUGGAACUCGUAUAAUUAAAUUUGGUUUGUAAAAUA